UAAUAAAUAAAAUGAAAUUCCCAGGAUCCAAAAUUUCCAUCUGUCCCAAACCCAGAAACGUAGAAGAAAAGAAAAAGAGGGAGAACAAAAGCAGAGGAAUCCCAAUUCCAUUUAGAAACCGAAAAUCCUAAACCCAAAAAAAAGAUGAAUCUUUACGCGCACGAUCUGUCUUUAUUUGAUUUCGCUAACUUCUCUGAUAAUCCAAUAAUCGAUCAGGAGUCAUCAUUCGAUUUCUUAAUCUCACCUCAAAAUGAUUCUAAUGGCCGUGAUUAUGGUGAUGGUGAUGGUGAUGGUGAUGAUGAUAGAAAUAAAAGAGCUUCGGUGGCCAAUUGUAGGAGCCCACCAAGGCACCGCCACGACGGGACCUCGCCGUUGCCUUUGGGGAUGGACUGGUCUACACCUCCUCGGAAAUGGGAUGGGCAGGACACAGUAUGGCCUCAUGACCCUCAUACAGGGUGGAGUUACUGUGUUACAAUUCCUUCUUUUAUUCUUCUACCAGCAUCCGGAGGUUCAGACUCUGUUGUGUUUUACAGGGUUCAAGUUGGCAUUCAAUCACCAGAAGGCGUCACUACCACCCGGGGAAUAUUACGAAGAUUUAGUGAUUUCUUAAAGCUACUAACUGAACUUAAGAAGACAUUUCCCAAGAAAAAUCUGCCCCCAGCUCCUCCAAAGAGGAUUUUGAGGGUGAAAAACAGAACACUGUUGGAGGAGAGAAGGUGUUCUUUGGAGGAUUGGAUGGAAAAACUUUUAUCAGAUAUUGAUAUUUCCAGAAGCGCCUCAGUGGCUACAUUUCUUGAGCUAGAAGCUGCUGUGAGGUCUUCCUUUGACAAUAUAAAUCAAUCAGUUGCUGUUUCUUCUGUUAGUGGUGUGGUUACUUCAUUUCUGUCCAAGACCAACUCAGAUGUUUCCCCUAUAAUUUCUAGUUCAAUGGCAUCUGAUCAUGAUAAUGCUUCUUCUGAUGACAUAUCUGAGCUUGGAACACCAAGGCGAGAAAAAGAUAAUUCUGCUGAUCCUUCCAUGGAACCUUCAACUUCUGAACCAAAUUUGGUUGAACCCUUAGAAAAAAGUAUGAUCUAUGGCAUAUUUAACAAGAGCUUUAUUCCAGAAAACCUAGAAAAGUUUUCCAAGCGAAAAAUACGUUCUGUAAGAGAAACCAACAUUGCAGGAGAUAAACUUACAAAAAAUACUACUGAUAGUAGAUUUCUUCAUGGAGAUGGAGCAGAGCAUUUGCCUGAACUAGAGUAUUGCAAAAUGGAUGGCCAUGUUCGUAGAUUGUCAACAGAAAGCAUUGGAAGUGACUUAAGUUCUGUGAGAGCUAGUGAAAUAUCAAACUCAGUGAUAGCUAGUUUGUUUGGUGAUGGGUUACUUGACCUGCCUGAAAAUGCUGAAGCUCCUGAAACCUUGGAUUCUCUUAGCUCAGGUUUACAAUUCCAUAGAAAUUUGCUUGUCCUUUUCCUAUCAGAUGAGCGCCAUAAAUUAAAAAGGGUUCUUAAUACGCUGCAGAGGAGACUAGCUACUGCAGAAACAGACAUGGAAGAUCUUAUAGCUAGGUUGAAUCAAGAAGUUGCUGUUAGGCAAUUCCUCGCAACUAAGGUCAAGGAUUUGGAAGUGGAACUUGAAACCACUAGAGAGAAUUGUGAUGAAAACAUGCAGCAAGCAGUUUUGCUUGAAAGAGAAAGAUUUACUCAAAUGCAGUGGGAUGUAGAGGAACUUCGAAAGCAGUGUUUGGAGAUGGAAUUGAAGUUAAAGACUGAACAGGAUGAAAAGGCACUUGUUGAGUCAGCAAAUUUGUUAAUCAUGAAGGAAAACAAAAUGUUGCUGGAAGAGUUAGAUGUUGCUAGAGAAAAACUUGUGGACUUGCACAAACAUCAUGAGGAGUUAGAGGUGAAAUCAAAAGCAGAUGUAAAGCUCCUUGUUAAGGAGGUGAAAUCUCUUCGAACUUCUCAAUCCGAAUUGAAGCAAGAGCUUAGCCGUGUGAUGAAAGAAAAACUAGAAUUGGAGAGGGUUCUGCAGAAGGAAAAGCAAAAGAUGGAGCAUGCCAAUGCUGCAAAUACGAAACUGCUUCAUGAAUGUAAUCUUCUUCGUGAUCGGCUUCAAGAAUGUAGUGUUAAUUUCCUUAGUGAGGAGGAAGACAAAUUGAUUGUUGAUACUUCAUCCCCAUCUGAUGCUCUAGAUCUCUUGACAACUUCUGAUAACCGAAUCAGUCUACUUCUUGCUGAGCCACAGUUGCCAACAGCUGUUUGGUCUGUUGGUAUGGUGCCGGACUUUUAGUUCUAGUGACCAGAGAUCAAAUUUUGGCAACCUCAAGUAUCAAGCCACAGUUAAAUAGAAGAAAAGAAUUUCUUGGUUACAGGUGUAGAAUUAGGACUUAAAGGAGCCAUUUAACUUUCAAGAUACAAAAAAGUUUGGCUUGUUUUGAAUUGGAUCUGCUCAGAAGGUGGUGGAAUGAUUUUUCAUAAAAAAGGGGGUGGGGAUGGGGAUUGGGAUUGCACUCUUAGUACCGUAACUAUGGGGAUGUGUCAAUUUCAGUGUUUUCUAUCAAAUAGUAAUGCUUUUUGUUUUCUUUUUGUGGUGCAAUCACUAUCUUCUUCUUUCAUAAACUGUCUAGUGUGAUCGUCUCACCAGCUAAGUUUGUACAGUUUAUUUGUACUUCUUUGAAUCCCUUCAUGAAUUGGUUUGCAUGUUGACGUGUAUAUUCUUCUCUAUAGCCGCAUCCUCGAAUUCUUUGAAAUCAAACAGUAUUUUAGUGCUGACUUAUUUACGCAU